GCUAAAUGGCCCUCUUAAAUAAACUAAAAUGUAAAAGAAAUUCAGCAUUCAAGAAUCACCGAAUAGACGUCUGCUGAAACACAUUAAUCCCUUAAUUCUUUUGGAGGUUGUUUUGUGUUUCAUAAUCGUACAUUACAAAGCCCAGAUAUGUGUUACAGAGUUAGAAUUUAUUCAUGGUUUCAGCCGCGCCACAAUUGAAAGUUUCUGUGAAAGUGGACACCAUCUGUCGUUGAUAUAUAGUCAACACCAACCGUUACAUCUAGAAAUACCUGCGUCGACACAUCACACAUGACAAUUAAAACACCUUCUUCCAAAAAGAGCUGUAGACACGGGACGGUGGAGCUCUCCAGCUGAAUUGCCGGACAGCUUUUUGUGUCGGAUCGCAGCUGGACAGGCGGACGGGCUUGACAGACGAGUUUGGACAGAGAUCGUGAAGGAAGGGGAUCUUAAAGGCUGUUGUGUUGCCGGUGUCAUUGACGGCUGAUCUACCAGACCUGCAUUUUGGAUAAAGAGCUCCCGUCGGCUGCACUGUGGCUGACCGGUGACCCCGAUCUGCAGACAAACCCCCUUCUGGGUCACUGCUGAGCUAAUAGAGGUGGUCUGGCCGGGCCUGAUGUGGAAUUUGACCCCGACUGACCCCGUCCCACAAGUAGCCUUUCACUGAGCCUGGACUCAGGAUAAAAGCGCAAGAGGGGCGACGGAGAAGAAAGGAGUAAGAAAAGGAGAGAAGUGAGAGCAGAAGCACAUCGACUGCUCCUCCAGUAUGCCGGUGGAGACCCUGCGGCCGUCAGACGGCCGUCUGGCCAGGGUCCCCUUCACCUCUGCCAUGCCCUUCAGGAUACUUAACAAGGGUCCGGACUACUUUCGUCGUCAGGCUGAGCCCGGUGCCCGUAAACUGAGCGCUGUAGAACGCCUGGAGGCCGACAAGGCCAAGUACGUGAAGAGCCAGCAGGUGGCCCUCACCCGCCAGGCCCCCAUCAAACCACCAAUCAUCCGGAAGCCCCUCAUUCCUUCAGGGAUGAUGCUUCAGUGCCACAUCAACACUCCUCCAGCCCGCAAAGUCCCCCGCUGCCCAGCUGAUGUGGAGAAUGGAGGAGGGAGAGAUGGACUGGGAGGAAGAAGAGGACCUGCUCUGAACUUGGAUAUUCUGAAUAAUCUUAUCAAUGAUGUAUGUGAUGGACCAAUGCCCUGUUCCCAGUCCUCCUCCUCCACCUCCCCCUCCCCCUCCCCCUCCUCCUCAUCUCCUUCAUCGGGAGCUAAGAGCAUCGGCAGCAGCCUGUCAGCAGAACAGGAGAGGAACAACCGACCUCUCAACAACCUCAAACCGUUGAAUCACAGCACCAUCAACUCCUCAUCCACCUCCUCCUGCACUUCCUCUCCACUCAACAACAACCUCCGGCCCCUGGCAGCAGAACCCACCCGCCGUCCGCCCCCUGUUCCGGCACGAGUACCCCGCAUUGGGGUUCCAGUACCUUAUAGCUCCCCAAACUCAGUGACAGUGCGCAGGGUGGACGUUCGGCCCCAAGCUGAGAUAAGGAAGCCUCAGAGGGCCCUUCUGCAACUCAGGCCCAGACAGACUGCCCAGGGCCAAGUCGCACACCCCCAGGUCCCACCUCCACCACCUCCUCCUCCCCCCUCUCAGACCCAUCCCAAGCUCAUCACCCCCUCUAAAACCCUGCCCUGCCCUCCAGUCUACCUGCCGCCGAGUCCCAUGCUGGUCAGAGCUGGCAUGAUCCCGCCUGCAUCCCCCGCUUUCACCCGGAUAUCGAACGCCAGCUCCAAGGGCUCCGCCCGUAAGCACCCAUCCUUGCACCGCUCCAAGUCGGACCUGAGUGACCGUUACUCCCGCGCCACGGCCGACCUGGAGCGCUUCUUCAACUACUGCGGGCUGGACCCGGGGGAGGUGGAGGUCAUGGGCGGAGUGGAGCGCUUCACAAGAGCCAACUCGGACAUAGUGUCCGUCUCCAAGCUCCGCAGCGUUAGCACGCCCAGCUCGGACUGUGGGGACGAGGCGGUACGGGCAAGGGAAGAUGGGGGAGACGAGGACGAUGGGCCCGCCAGAGCCAACGAGCGGGUCCCCUACGGCAUCUCUGUCAUCGAGAGGAACGCUAGAGUCAUCAAGUGGCUGUACGGCAUCCGUCAGGCGCGAGAUGUUAACAACGCCGUCUCUAACGUAUAGACUAACAAGGACUUGGAAGGAGUUGAAAUAACUUGAAUGAAGAAGCAGGGAAGCAGUACUUUUUGUAUGUAUACAUACGUCUGUAGAAGGGAAAGCCCAUCUUCUGCUGCCUUACAUCACGUUUAGGAUAAUCCAGUAGUUACUGUUUUCUGUUUCCUGUGAAGGCUCACACUUGUUUUGGAAAUUACACAUCAGUGUUUGUUAUCCGGGCUGCAAGUCAGGACUGCUUCCCUGCAGGACAACAUGGACCAUACAUUUCCCCGUUCCUUCACUUGAUCUUGUUUUAACUAUUGGUAUAUGAAAGCAAUAAUAGACAUGGUAUAAAUGAUGAUGGUGAGGAUGAAGGCAGAGGAUGUUUGUGGUUCCUCAUGUAAAGGUACUGUGUGUGUGUGUGUGUGUGUGUGUGUGUGUGUGUGUGUGUGUGUGUGUGUGUGUGUGUGUGUGUGUGUGUGUGUGUGUGUGUGUGUGUGUGUGUGUGUGUGUGUGUGUGUGUGUGUGUGUGUGUGUGUGUGUGUGUGUGUGUGUGGCAGAGAGGUCCGCAGCACAAUGCCGCUGGAACUUGGCUGUAAACUGCCGGAGACUGAUGCUACACAGCGCAGUGACUGUUGAGAAACAUGUUGAUACUGUGAAACUUCACAAAAAAAAGCUUCCAUAAAACACAUUUGUAUUUUCAAAAAACCUUUUUGUCUGUAAGACUGUUAUUAUACAAAUUUCUGUCAGCAUGCGAGUGAAACGUUUGUACACAUUUAUUUUAGGGUUCAUCAUGUCAACAAAGCACACACAGAUAAUCACGGCACAGACUUACAUUCAGGAGAAUUAGAGUGAACGUGGGAGCAGCUGCACUCAGUGCUGUCUGUAACAUUGUCUCGCCAUGUGUUUGCAUCUCAAACAUGGUCUCAUGUCAGGGAUUCUGCUACUUUAGUGCAGCGAGAGAAAUCUGUUUACCAUGUAUGUCUCGGCACACACGAGAGAGCGAGUCAUAUGAUAAAGGUUGAUCUCAUAAGUGGAUGGUUGAAGUAAGUGUAGCAUGAAAAAGAUAUUUUGCCUCCAGUAAGAAUGGAGAGAAAAUCUAAGGAUGGGUAAAAUUGAAAAAAAUAAUCUCAUGGAUGGAAAAAAAAAAGAUAUCUGAAAGUUUCUCAGGAAAGAUGCACUUGGCAUACUAACGAAAAUGGACCAAUAUUUAUUUGGAUAAUUUAAUGUAUUUUUUAAUAUUGGAAAACUUUCUGUACAGAAUCUUUGCUCUUAAAUGCAAUCUGCUCAUAUGGACAA